UUAAUAAAUGAUAAUAAAUUAAUAAGUACGCAGUCCACCAACCAUCUCAUCCCAACUAACACGGUUGCCAAUUCUGACCCGCUUGAGAGAUCUUUAUUUUCCUGGGUUCUUACCGUCUCUGAAGCCAAUUCAAUCAGCUUGUUGACUGAUUAUAGGAUAUACAAGCAGCAAAAGAAUGGCUUCCUCCCCGGACCUAACAAGAAUAGGCCUUGCUGGUCUUGCUGUCAUGGGCCAAAAUCUGGCCCUUAACAUUGCUGAGAAAGGCUUUCCCAUUUCCGUUUAUAAUCGAACGACCUCCAAAGUUGAUGAGACUGUUGAACGAGCUAAGAAGGAAGGAAAUCUUCCUUUGAUUGGCUUCCAUGAUCCUGAAUCAUUUGUUCGUUCCAUCCAAAAACCUCGGGUGAUUAUUAUGCUUGUCAAGGCUGGGGCACCUGUUGACCAGACCAUCAAGACCCUCUCUGUUUACAUGGAGAAAGGUGAUUGUAUCAUUGAUGGUGGUAAUGAGUGGUACGAAAACACUGAGAGGAGGGAGAAAGCCAUGGCUGAAUUGGGUCUUCUCUACCUUGGGAUGGGAGUUUCUGGUGGUGAAGAGGGUGCCCGACGUGGACCCUCUAUGAUGCCUGGAGGCUCCUUUGAGGCGUACAAAUACAUUGAAGACAUUCUUCUCAAGGUGGCAGCUCAAGUUCCUGAUAGCGGUCCUUGUGUGACUUACAUUGGCAAAGGAGGGUCUGGCAAUUUUGUUAAGAUGGUGCAUAAUGGGAUCGAGUACGGUGACAUGCAGCUGAUUGCAGAGGCUUAUGAUGUGCUGAAAUCUGUGGGAAAGCUGUCGAAUGAGGAACUAAAAAAUGUAUUCUCAGAAUGGAACAAAGGGGAGCUUAUGAGCUUCUUGAUCGAAAUCACUGAAGAUAUUUUUGGAGUUAAGGAUGACAAAGGCGAUGGAGAUUUGGUUGACAAGGUUUUGGACAAAACCGGCAUGAAAGGUACUGGAAAAUGGACCGUUCAGCAAGCUGCUGAUUUAUCGGUUGCGGCUCCCACAAUUGCAUCUUCUUUGGAUUCAAGGUUCCUUAGUGGGUUGAAGGAGGAAAGGGUAGAAGCUGCCAAAAUUUUUAAAUCAGGUGGUUUUGGUGACAUCUUAACUGACCAGGUUGUGGACAAGGCGAAGUUGAUCGAUGAUGUGCGGAAAGCUCUUUAUGCAUCCAAAAUUUGUAGUUAUGCACAGGGGAUGAAUCUGAUUCGUGCAAAGAGCAUCGAGCAGGGAUGGAAUCUGAAGUUGGGGGAAUUGGCUAGGAUUUGGAAGGGGGGUUGCAUCAUCCGAGCCAUCUUCUUGGACCGAAUCAAGAAGGCCUACGAUAGAAACCCAGACCUUGCAAAUCUUCUGGUGGACCCAGAGUUUUCAAAGGAAAUCAUUGAGCGUCAGUUCGCCUGGCGAAGAGUUGUGUGUCUUGCUAUCAACUCGGGCAUUAGCACCCCGGGUAUGUCCUCUAGUCUUGCAUAUUUUGACACUUAUAGAAGAAAUAGAUUGCCUGCAAAUUUGGUCCAAGCUCAAAGAGAUUACUUUGGUGCUCAUACAUAUGAAAGGACUGACGUGGAAGGAUCCUUCCAUACCGAAUGGUUCAAAAUUGCCAAACUGUCAAAGAAUUAAAUCUUCUCUUGGUGGUAUUCUCUCAAUCAAACAAUCUCUUAAAUUAAUAAAUUCUACUUAGAAUUUGGUGCCGGGAAGAGCUUACACCAACGGCAUUUGGUGAAACCAUAUUCGUAGAAGAUCUUUUCCUAUCUUGCUCAAGUAUUCAGAGUUUAUUUUGGUUUUGUUUGUUGUGAUUCUACUUGGCAACAAUGCUCUGCUUUUGAUAGAUGUUUAAACUUAUAUUAAAUAUUUUGAUGUCCCUUUCUAGUUUAUGAAAGCAUCUGUUGGUCUCUGUGGGGGCCUAUUGUUGCAUUAUGUAAUGUUGAACAAGGAAAUAUCACAAGGAUUUCUCAUUCUCUCGUUGGUUUUCUUUAA